AUGAAUACGACAAUUCUUUUCGCGGGCCAGGCUGUCCUCAUCGUGGCCACCCUGGUGGCCGUCAAAUUCCGCACACCCUUAACAAAUACGGUAAACCGUUUGAUCUCUGCUGUUCUUCGGGUCCAUCUUGCACGUCGCUUUCCCGUACAUCAUGUCGACGAUAACAGUCCGCUGCCCACCCUGCCGUACCAGUGGCCUGAUGGACAAGGUGAUGGGGCCAAAUUCUUGCAAGGUCAGAGCAACUCAGAGCGCUGGGAGCGACAGUUUGGAGCCAUCUACCGUCUCUGGUCCGGCAUGAACCCAGAAGUCGUGCUUACUCGUCCCGAACACAUCCAAGCUGUCUUCAAGGAUUCGCACACCCACCUCAAAGCCAAGAACAACAACUCGGGAUAUCUACUUGGUGAACUGCUAGGCCAAUGUGUCGGACUGGUCAGUCAGGAUCAAUGGCAGCGCGUGCGGGCCAUCAUGGAGAAGCCCUUCCAUCGCAACGCCUCAACGACGUAUAUCCCGCUCGUCAAGCGCCGCACGGAGCAAUUUUUCCAGGAACUUUGGGACACCCGCGACCUGUCCCGAGGCUUCCUUGACCCAGCAGACGACCUCAAGUUGCUCCCCUUCCUGGUGGUCGCCGAAGUUGUCUACGGUCGCCUCGCCCCAGAUGUCGAAGCCGAGCUGCGUCGCCUUGCCCCGCAACGCGAGAACCUGAUGAAACAUGUCAUCAAGGGCGGAUUGACUCGUUUCGCUUGGUCGCGUUUCCUCCCCACGCAAGCCAAUCGUGAGCUGGCCGCCUUCCAGCAACGCUGGCUAGCCUUCAACGAGUUGGCACACCGUCGUGCCGUCGAGCAGAAACUCAACGCCCCCAUCAUCGACUUCUUCGCCGCCCGGGAUGCCGGUCAGAUCAGCACCCAGGAACUUCUUCACACGCUCGACGAGAUGCUCUACGCCAACCUCGACGUGACCAUUGGUGGUGUUAGCUGGAACGUGGUCUUUCUUGCCGCAUACCGCGACAUCGCCAAGCGCCUCCGCGAGGAAGUCGAGCAGCAACGCGCUAUCUCCAUAGAUGGCGAAGUCGACGCCUACCUCCUGGACAACAGCACUCUGCUGGCGGCCUGUGUGGAAGAAUCCGCGCGUCUCCGUCCCCUCGCUGCCUUCUCUGUCCCACAAGCCAUUCCCACAGCCAGAACAGUCGGCGGAUACCACUUCCCCGCUGGCACAAACUUCGUGGUGGAUUCGUACGCGCUCAACAUCCGGAACCCCUACUGGGGCGAGGAGCGCCACUUGUACCAGCCGGAUCGGUUCCUGGCAAGGAGCUUAACCCAGGCAAGGUACCACUUCUGGCGAUUCGGAUUCGGGCCGAGGCAGUGCAUGGGCAAGUUUGUGGCGAGUGUGGUGAUCCGGGCGAUCCUGGUCCAUUUAGUAGAGGGAUAUGACCUGCGGAUGGUUAAGCCGGAGGCCAUGGAGGAGUGGGGGAGAAAUAAGGAGAUUUGGAUCAAUCAUCCGGAUAUGAAGGUGGUGUGUGAGAAGAGGGCUUAGAU